AUGCAGUUUUUGGCAACUUUCUUCGUCCUGACGUUCCUGGGCUUAAUCCAGAGCCCAGCGGAGGUCAGCGAUGAAUUGGAUGACGCUACAAAUGAGCGCAUGCGGCAGUAUGCGGAGGAGCUGCAAGAACGCAUGAUGCAGCUCCUGUUCGAAAUUGAGGAGGGGGAGAAGGAGCAGAGCUGGGCGCACAUGGGAGCCCUGCUCUUAUCUGCAUUGCAGAAUUGGCAGUUCUGGGCCUAUGUUGGUGUUGCUCUCCUGUACUUUUGGAGCUUGUGCCGGCUCCUUAGACAUAUCCCAGAAUAUGAAAGCAGCAGUGAGGAGGAGAGCUCCAGCAGUGAUGAGCAGCAGAAUAAUGAGAGAAAUCGUGUUGAAGGAAGGGAUGAAGGGAGGAUUUUUGCAGAGAGAAUCCAGUGGCCAGUGCAGAACAUCCAAGUCAACUGUCGAGUGAUACAGUCAAUGGUGGGAGACCUCAUCCAUUUCACCCAACGGUCCCUGACGAACACCUUCUAUCCGGUGCUGCAUUCACCCAUUGGAGUGGGUAGUACCUUUGAAGGCUGGAGUCCCCGAGACAACGACACUGUCGUCUAUCACCUGCUCGUGCCCAUGACGGCUCCUCGUGGGCACUCCUUCCACCUGGAGCUGGGGAAUGAAGAGGAGCUGCCAUCAAGGAACUCCUGUAUUCGCGUGGAGCUGGAGUGCACAUGCGUGAGGGAGCAGGACUUUGGGAACAUGGUGUGCUUCCUUCACCAACCUGAGGAGGAGCUGAGAAGAAAUGCGGAGCCCAGCCUCCUACAGACACUGUGCACUGGCUCCUACCUGGAUGUGCAUAAAACCUCCUACUGGUUCCAGCAAUCGAUGAAAAGAGCUUAUAAAUUUUUGCCCGAGUCGGCCAGAAGUCACAUUGGUGUGCUGCCAUCCAGACGCUCCUGCAGGCUUCGUAUGAUUGAUAUCUUUGAUAGAACCCUGUUCGUUGAGAUAAUGUUUGGGGUGCAACAAGACGAUUCAGCCGUUUUCCUGAGCAGCCAGAAGACAGAGGCUAUCUUCACCCCCGAUACGACGUGGCCACAGAGCUGCGCUGUGGCAGAGAUGAAGUUCUUCCAGUACAUAAAAGCGCAUGCCCAGCAGGACAGUUUCCACCUCAGAUGCAUGCAGCUCUGUGCCCGUAUCCUGGUGGGCAAUGAUUUUACCACCUAUAUGUUGAAGACAGUUGUCAUGCACCUGCUGACCACCAUCCCUUUGGAAAGCUGGCGCAGGAGGGAUUUUUUGCAGCGGAUGGACGACAUCAUGCAGUACCUGCACUGCUGCAUAGUGGAGAAACGCCUGGACCACUUCUUCUUUGGAAACGAGGGAAUGCCUGAGGAGAUCAUCUUGCCCCCAGAUUUCCAAACGUCCAGACCACCCAACCUCUUCCAGCACAUGGCACAGGAGCCAACUGUCCACGCCCGGGCGCUGCGUGAAUUCCAGGAGCUGCGAGAUCGGCUCACGAGACUGCUGACCUUUGGGAACUGA